CUCGGCUGCAUAGUGGAGUUUGAUAGGCUGGUGGAGAGGGGAACUGCAGCAGAGUAGCACCGCUGUCAGGAAACAGAAGCCCACUACGAAUGCAACUCGCAUAACCAGCUGAACGAGGACGCCGUGUCUGUGUGAUUUACCAUGACAACUGAAUCAGGCGCCGACUCAGAGGCCAAGCAGCCACAGGAGAAUAAGGAGACAGAAAAGGGGAAAGCAAAAGCGGCAUCCCAACCCAGCCAGGUGGCAGCCGAGCCCGCCUUGCCUCAGAACCAACCGGAGCAGCUUCCAGCCGCCGUCGGACACAGCACCCCGGCCAGGAAAGAACAGGAGCAGCAGGAAGAGGAUCUGGUAUCCCACAGGUCAUCCACCAGUCGUCUGUCUAGGUCUCCGCUCAGAGGAGUCAAGAAGGUGAAGAUCAUGCAGUGUAAAGUCACUCUGCUGGAUGGCUUAGACUUCACGCUCAAUGUAGAGAAACGAGCCAAGGGCCAGUUCCUCUUUGAUAAAGUGUGUGAUCACCUCAACCUACUAGAGAAGGACUAUUUUGGCAUUACAUAUAGAGAUGUAGAGAAUCAAAAGAAUUGGCUGGAUCCUGCCAAGGAGCUGAAGAAGCAGAUCAGGACUGGACCCUGGAACUUUGCUUUCAAUGUAAAGUUUUACCCACCAGACCCCUCACAACUGACUGAGGACAUCACAAGGUACUACCUGUGCUUGCAGCUGAGAGAUGAUGUAGUUUCAGGUCGCCUGCCCUGCUCCUUUGCCACCCACACGGUGCUGGGCUCUUAUACGGCGCAGUCUGAACUUGGAGACUAUGACUCAGAGGAACUCGCCAGCGACUACCUCAGUGAACUGCGCUUCGCACCCAACCAGACCAAAGAGCUAGAGGAGAAGGUCAUGGAGCUCCACAAGACUUACAAGGGGAUGUCACCGGCUGAUGCCGAGAUGCACUUCUUGGAAAAUGCCAAGAAGCUAUCCAUGUACGGUGUGGACCUCCACCACGCUAAGUUGGUAGGGAAUCUCUAUGAAUGCUUGGCUCCAGCUGAGGGAGAGGACUCGGAGGGUGUGGAGAUUAUGCUGGGAGUUUGUGCAAGUGGCCUACUCAUCUACAGAGACAGGUUGCGGAUCAACAGAUUCGCCUGGCCCAAAAUCCUCAAAAUCUCCUACAAAAGGAACAACUUCUACAUCAAAAUCCGGCCCGGCGAGUUCGAGCAGUUUGAAAGCACGAUUGGUUUCAAGCUUCCAAAUCAUCGUGCUGCCAAAAGGCUCUGGAAAGUCUGCGUGGAACACCACACCUUCUUCAGGCUCGUAUCCCCCGAGGCACCCCCAAAGAAGUUCCUGACUCUCGGCUCCAAAUUUCGCUACAGCGGCAGAACACAGGCUCAGACACGCAGGGCCAGUUCUCAGAUCAUCAGACCUGCUCCGUUCUUUGAACGCACCUCCAGCAAACGCUACAACAUGUCCCGCAGCUUAGAUGGAGCUCCAAUUAUGGAGAACCAUGAGACCCUGAUGAAGGACAGUGCUGCUGACGGGGAAGCCAAAGUCAUUGCCAAGGGAGACAUUAUCACCACUGUAACAACUGAGAAAAAAGCAGAGGAAGAGAAGGCUGAGGAGGGGGACGCUAAGAAGGACACAGCAGAGACACCAGAACCUGCUGCCACAUCACCGCUCAGACAAGACACAAAGUGCACCCCUCAUGCAUUCACAUCUGACCCCCUCCGUUCUGAGCUCUCGCUCCCUUCAUCCCCCAUUUCAUCAACUAAAGUACGGCGCAGGCACAGGGAGAACGCCCGCAAGCGGGCUUCAUCAGUCAGUCCAGUCAAGAGCGGUACUGGGUGCCGCCGCCGGCAAGCCCGCGCCGACCAUAAAGCCGCCCUGCUGGAGGAGCAGGCGCUGCUUUUGUCAGCCCGCAAGCAGAGGCUGGAGCAGGGCAAGCGCCGGGGCGGCACGCUCUUCUCCUUCUCCCUGCACCUGCCCGACCUGUCGUCCAUCCUAGAUGAGGAUGGCUACAUCACAUUCCCUGACCUGUCAGAGAUGCGCUUCCUCCCCGAGUGUGCGCAGAACUUCCUCCCCAUUAAGUCACCUUCACUCAUCCCCUGCUUCCUUUUCAUCUUCUUCUUCCUGCUUUCCACUUCCUUCUCUGUGCCCUAUGCCCUCACCCUCUCCUUCCCGCUGGCGCUGUGCCUCUGCUACCUGGAGCCCAAGGCAGCCUCCCUGACCGCCUCCCUAGCCCAGAGUUACCAUGACCAUGACAGUUCAGAGGAAGAGGAGACUGACAGCGAACAAACUGAUUUUGCCUUUGAUGGAGAGAUGACCGCUACAGAGUCUGAAGCAGAUGAGGACUCUGAGAUGCGGACGCAGUAUAGUUUCAUAAGACGAGUAAAAGGGGAAAACGUUUUUAUCAGACAUAGUAAUCUGAUGCUAGAGGACACAGAGCCUCCGGCGGAGGUCGUCAAGCACCAAACCAACAUCAGCGAAUUGAAGCGUUCCUUCCUGGAGACCGACGGAAGCGUCACCAUGCCCGGUCUGACAGAGUGGGAGAAGAGACUCUCCUCGUCCCCUAUGCGCUCACCUAGAUCGGAUGAGGCACCAAUGAUAGAGCCGCUGGAGCUGGAUACUAAAGAAGAUGAGCCAGCAGCAGAUGAGACAAAAGAGGUGGAACCUAAAAUCACUGAGGCAGCAGGUUAUCUGGUGAAAUAUGUGGUGGAUAGUAUGACAGCUGAUGGGCCCACCUCCUCUGGGCCUCAUGGGGUUAGUCUGUCAACCACUAUGGACGACGACGUCUUUGUGGACGGGACCCUGAGGGAGGUGGAGGAGAAAACCCCUGAGUCCCAGGAUGAGGUGUCAGAGAGGUUGGUGGUGAAGGUCAGCCCCGGAGCUAUGAGACAAGAAGUGUCCCAAGCCAUCAGCGACAAGAAAGGGACGCUAAUUAUCCUGAAGGACGUCGAGGAUAAAUCAGACACUGAGGGCAAAGAGAAAAGUGCUGUCCCUGGAGAGUUUAAAGCUGAUGAGCAUGUAAUGCUGAUGGCCUCUAAAGAGGAAGAAAUCCCCAGAGCAGACACUUCAGUUGUUACAGAAGCUCAAACUACAGCCGCCAAGAUGCUGAGUCCGAAGGUGGAGAUAAAAACAGACGGCAUGACUCAGAUUAAAGGUAUUGACUCGCCUAAAAAGGCUAUGGCAUCAUGGAUCUCUGAGAAGGUGAAGACGCAGACUCCAGAGUUCAUCAGUGUGUCAACAAAGGAAGUAAAAGAUAUGAAGACUUCUGAUGGACUACAGGAGAGAGCAGAAAUCUUCACUUUCAAAGAAGUCCAGUCUGAGCAGAUUACAGUUUCUGAAUCUUCAACUACAUCUUUAGUUGUGUCUACGUUGGAGUGUGUUUCCUCCUCUCAAAAGGCACCAGCUGGUCAGGAGGAGAAACCAGUGAUAGAGACGGAGGCACUCCCAGCCAAGUCUGCAGGGCCAACGAGUACCGACAUUACCGCAGUGGCUACCAAAGACAUGCCCGUGAUCCACACUGAGACAAAAACGAUCACCUAUGAAGCUGCAGAGGUACAUGUGACCACAAUGUGUGACUGUCGUAGUUAUUGGAUGGCAUUUUAUGUGUUUUCUGUUGGUCAGACGGUGAAAGGAGGCAUAUCGGAGACAAGAAUCGAGAAAAGGAUCGUUAUCACCGGAGACGCAGACAUCGACCAUGACGAGGCUCUGGCUCAGGCCAUAAAGGAGGCUAAAGAACAGCACCCUGACAUGUCAGUGACCAAAGUAGUGGUACAUAAAGAGACAGAGAUCACGCCAGAGGAGGGGGAGGACUGAACCAGGAAUAACUCUGAGGGCUUUUUUUUCUUUUUUUUUUUUAAACCUCUGCACCCUCCCAGAAUCCAGCAUCCAGAACUCCACAUAUAACGUCGGGACUCUCAGAAGACUAGAAAGGCCUCCUACUCUCCAAGUGCUGCAGCUCCGCCGCUAGUCACAGCCAUCAUCUGCAAAACAACUAAAUGCAUUUUGCAUGAGAAGGAAGCAACGUUGCAUUAUCAAACAAGAUUAUACAGGAAACCAUGUGAUUCUCCAAGUGGUUCCUCAAUCCAUCUGCACGCCAAAUCCCUGUGUGCAGCAAGCAAAACCUUUUGCUUUCACUGCCUUAUAUGACUUUGAUGCAUUUUUAUGAUUAUUGAGAAUAAUUAUUGUAGCAACGUUUUAUUUAUGAAAUAAAGCCAUCACUCCGGAAACUUAAAAUCGCUGUAGGCUGUAUAUGUUAGAGAGCGUACACUAUUUAACCUCGCAGUAGAAGUGCCAACGUUAUUUACAAGCAAGCAUCGCCUCAUUCCUUCAAACAGCUCCAUGGUUAUCCAGCAGGUAUGUCACUACAGAAAUCACUACAGCUACGUACUGUACAUAUCAAAGCUUUCCUAGGAAAAUAGCAAAUUAUCUUUCACAGUUGAUUUUUUUUUUUGUUGUCAUGUCUACUUGAAUAGCAUUUUCCUUUAUAUCAGUGUUUCAUCAUUUCUCAUUGAUUGAUUCCCCCACUUCAAGGUUUUUAGAGACUAUGUCCUGGCAAAAAAGUCAAGGAAUCAAAGGUUUCUGGGCAUGAAAUGGAUUUUAUUUGCCUGUGGAGGGUUUGUUUUUUCUCCAGGGUAGAUGAUCAGCUGCAGCACAAGUCCCAGGUUUGUGUGACUGUGAGGCAAAGGGUUCAGACUGGCGAGCUCUCCCCUGAUUUACAUUCAAAGCCAAGAGAGAUCUAUAAUCCCCCUCCACUUUCGCCCACCCUGAACACAUCAGCUGUGUUGCCCCCCUCUUAUCCAUUCUAAUGUAUCCCAAAAAAAUGAGUAUUAUUGAUGUACAGCUGUGUUUUCCUCAAAAAGGUGCAACAAAAGUGGCAAGUGCAUUUGUUUUGUUUUGUUUUUUUUUAAUUUGCUGGUCUCUUCUAAAAUAAUAAAAACCACCACAGUACUGAAA